UGGAUUUUCCUUGAUUCUUCCAUUUCGGUUUGGACAUGGUUACCAACCUCUUUCCAGAUACAGUAUCCAGAAUGCGCUCGGUAACGUAAACAAUAACCCGCGAAGAAAAACUACCUACCAAAAUCUAGGGGUUCUCAUUUCAGAAACCUAGACCUAAAAUCUCCUCCCCGAGGUUUUUAGAAUCCUCGCUUCAGUUCUGAUCUCCGUCACCGCCAUCAACAACUCCAGGCUUAGCUCAUCAUCUCAGGUCCCUCUCUCUCCUAUCUCGCAUUUUCUCGAUCUUCAGUAAGGGUUUAUAGGAUCAUGGAAGAGCCUAGAAAUUCACCAGCUGAAGAUAGAAUCAGCAUUUUGCCCCAAAAACUAAUUCACCGUAUCUUGUCUUUCCUUGAUAUGACGUGUAGUUAGAACUUGCGUUUUAGCUAAAGUAUGGAGGUAUAUCUGGGCAUCUGUUCCAGUUUUGAACUUCGAUUCUAGUUUGCAUACUAUGGAACAUUCUGGGUUCUUGGAUUUUGUCGAUAGGGUAUUUGUCCUUCGUGAUAGUUGUGAAGUACAGAGGUUGAAUCUUGUUUUCAGUGAUAUUGGUUGCGAUAAAGCAACCGCUCGCAGUGUUAAUUCAUGGAUUUUUGCUUCCCUAACAAGAGGUGUCGAAGAAGUAUCUAUGGAUAUUAGUGCUGAGAAGGAUCUUGCAGUUAAGUUACCUUUGUCUCUAUUCAAUUGUAAAUCACUGUCGAAGUUAGAGUUGAAAAUUGGUCGCUAUGAGUGCUCGAGUUUAGUUCUUCCUAGUUCGAUUAGUUUACCUUGUCUUAAAUUCUUAAAGCUUGAAUCAGUUUCUAUUGAUGAUGAAAAUCCUGCUGAUAAGCUCUUUUCAAGCUGCCCAGCUUUAGAGUCGUUGGUUAUUAAAGACAGUCGUUUGAAUAUCAGUAUUUCAUCUGUCACACUUAAGCAUUUUGAAUUAGACAAUAAUCCCUCUCUACCAUUAGGUAAUGAGGUUAAGAUUGUAAAAUUAGAUGCUCCAAAUCUAAAAUCGUUAAGCUGCAAAUCUUGUUUGUCAUAUGACUAUUGUUUAGAAAAUCUUACUUCUCUAGUCAUUGCGGAUAUUAACAUGGUAGUGAAAGAAGACGCUGAAGAACUUCCGCCUGCAGAUAUUAACAUGGUAGUAAAUGAAGAUGGUGAACUGCCACCUGAGGAUGUUAACAUGGUAGUAAACGGAGAUGGUGAGGAACUGCCACUUGAGGAUGUUAACAUAGUUGUAAAUGAAGAUGGUGAUGAACUGCCACCUGUGGAAGUUAACAUAGUUGUAAAUGAAGAUGGCGAGGAACUGCCACCUGCGGAUGUUAACAUCGUAGACUUAGUAGUAAAUGAAGAUGGCGGGGAACUGCCACCUGCGCAUGUUGACAUUGUAGUAAAUGAAGAUGGUGAGGAACUACCACCUGUGGAUACUAACAUGGAAGUAAAAGAAGAUACUGAGGAUCUGCUUAAAACGUUUUUGGAGUUUUCUGAAGUGUUGAAAAAAUCGUUUGCUCAGAAUACAACAAAGCUGCUUAGAGCUCUUCACAGUGCGAAGAACUUAGCAUUGUCUCCUUGGUUCCUUGAGGUACUCUCAGGAGUUCCUGACUUAUCAGACAUUCAGCUUCCUGUAUUCAUAAAUCCACGAAGUUUGAAGUUGCAGACAUGGCUUUCAAAGGACUGCUUUGCUGUAGUAAUAUCCUUGCUCAAGAAAUCUCCUAAUGCUGAAUCCCUUUCCGUUGAAAUAACCAAGAAAUGCUUCGUCGAGCCCCCAUCUUUUCCACUUUGUGACGAGGUUAUGUCUGACUCCGCAAGUGUGCUAGACUGUCCGGAAGAAGAGUUUUUUACGCCAGGCAUGCUGAGUCACCUCCGAUUUCUUGAACUUCAGGGCGUAAUUGGUAGCAUCAAUGAACUAAAGUUUGUAGAGAUAUUGCUGAAGAAUACAGUGGUCUUGGAAGUAGUAUCCCUUCACAGUUCUUCAGAAGUCUUGGGUGAUGAUCUGAGCCGGUUUAAUAUGUUCUGUGAGAAGGUGACUACUUUUCCAUCAGCUUCAUCGUCGGUAUACAUUAAGAUGGAAUAGAUCCUUAUUUUCUACACUCAGCUCUGAAUUUAUAUUCUGCUGAGCUAUUUUGAGUUUUGAUAGAUUUUUUUUUUAUUGUUUAUAGAGAUGAUUCAGGCUAGUUCGUAGAUUUAUUUGUUUAGAUGAUGCAUAUAGUUGAAGUUUUUGCACGUUUUUUUUCUUCUACAUUAUUUGGUUACAUUUCUAUUUCAUUUUAAAGACUACGUAGGAAAGAAAUGAUGCAAAAUAGUCUGCCUUAAA